GCACGUUGUAAUUGUAUAUCGUUAUUUUGGUGUUCAGAAUUUAACUUUUAAAGUUUAGUAGCAAACAUGUUCGCGGUAGAUUUUAAAGACGAAGAGCAGGUGAAAGAAUAUAUGGAGAAUCUACACACUGAGUAUAUGUUUUCCUGUCAUCAUGAAAAAAACAGUGACGGAUGUGUGCUGCUUGGUGAUUUUUAUACAAAUAUCAGAAAAGAAUAUGAAAAAGGCGUAGAGGUCUAUAAGACAGCAUGUAAUGAGCAGGAUAACCCAGAAGCCUGCUAUAAAUUAGGAAAAGCAUGCUUGGCAGGAAAAGGUACUGAAGUUGACAAAGAUGAAGCUUACAGGUGUUUCAAGAAAGGUUGCGAUGCUGGACAUAGUGGCGCUUGCCACAACAUGGGACUUUUGUACAGUGCUGGGAAGAAAAAUGGAGGGAAGGAACCUGAACUUGAAAAAGCUAUUGAAUGUUUCAAAUCAGCAUGUAAUAAGGACUAUGUCCAAAGCUGUUUUAUGUUGAGUGGAUUAUAUCUAAGAGGAUCAAAAACUGUACCCAAAGAUAUGAAGAAGGCUUUGGAUUAUUCUGUUAAGUCUUGUGAUCUUGGUCUACUGUUCGGCUGUGUUAAUGCUACUCGUAUGUAUACAGUUGGUGAUGGUGUUCCGAAAAAUCCAGAACUUGCAGCAAAAUACAAGGAAAUUGCUAAAGAGAUGCAUAAACAAAUCAAAGAGCAGCAGAAGGCGAUGGAAUUUAGUGAGUCCAAUAGUAUUCUUAUAGGAAUAUUAAAGGAGUCCAAUGGUAUUCUUAUAGGAACGCUAAAGGAAUCCAAUGGUAUUCUUAAAGGAACACUAAAAGAAUCCAAUGGUAUUCUUAUAGGAAUACUAAAGGAAUCCAAUAGUAAUCUUAUAAGAAUGGUAAAGGAGUCCAAUAGUAAUCUUAUAGGAAUACUAAAGAAUCCAAUGAUACUAAAGGAAUCCAAUGGUAUUCCUAUAGGAAUACUAAAGGAAUCCAAUGGUAUUCCUAUAGGAAUACUAAAGGAGUCCAAUGGUAUUCUUAUAGGAAUACUAAAAGAGUCAAUAGAGUCCAAUGGUAUUCUGAUAGGAAUACUGAAUGAAUCCAAUGGUAUUCCAAAAGGAAUACUAAAGGAAUCCAAUGGUAUUCUUAUAGGAAUACUGAAUGAAUCCAAUGGUAAUCUUAUAGGAAUACUGAAUGAGUCCAAUGGUAUUCUUAUAGGAAUACUAAAGGAAUCCAAUGGAAUACUAAAGGAAUCCAAUGGUAUUCUUAUAGGAAUACUAAAGGAAUCCAAUGGUAUUCUUAUAGGAAUACUGAAUGAGUCCAAUGGUAAUCUUAGAGGAAUGGUAAAGGAGUCCAAUAGUAAUCUUACAGGAAAAAUAAAGGAAAGAGAGGGUCCUGUGGAAUAUUUCUUGACAUGUACUAACCAGUUAUCGGGUAGCUCCUACUUGGAAACUUUAGAUCGCAUUCUCACAUUAUCUAAUACGCAGUUUACAACAAGCCAGCAGGACACGAUCGAGUUCAUGAUGACAACUAUUCUGCCAGUUUCUAUCGUUUUGUUACUUUUAGCUAGAUCUGAUGCAUUUUCUUGGGGGACAUGUGGAGGUGACGUUGUACAAAUCAACACACUGUCAAUAUCCCCAUCACCAAUCACGAUCCCCGGAGAUUUGUAUCUAACGUAUGACGUAGACAUUACCAGCGUGAUUCGCGAACCAAUAACAGCCAAAAUGACAAUGACUAAAGUGAUAAAAAUAUUACCAGAUAUUGAUAUUCCAUGUGUGGAUGUUGGUAACUACAGUUUGGGGUCAUGUACAUACGAAGACGUAUGUUCGAUGGUUCCCUGUUCCGAUCACGUGUCUAAGUUCGAUAUUCAAUGCAUGUGUCCUCCACCAGUGGGAAACUACGCUGCAUAUGAUAUACACGUGGCUAUUCCACCUGUUGGUGACAUUCCCGGUGUAGUUGAGGGAGAUUAUGAGUUUUUACUAGAAAUCUUCCAUGGUGAUGGCGAAUUAGCAGGAUGCCUUGAAAUGGAAUUAGGUCUAGAAUUCAACUAAACCUAUUUCUUCUUUCAUUUUAUGGUUUAUCUUCCAUUCAUUUUCGAAUAUUUUAAAGUUAUGUAUACUUUCCAAUUCGUAUUGGGCAAUAUGUUAAAAAAAAUAUUUUGUUUGGUUUUUAGCUCGGUGAGAAACUAUGAAGUAUAUAUUUGACAUUUUAUCGAGAAAUUCCAUAUGUAUAAGGUUAUAUUGUUUCUCAUUAAAACUAUUUCCCAAAA